AUUUCAGGGAUGUUACGUAGGUUCUGGAAUCAUCAUCUAUCUCCUUAAAAGUGUAAUAAGUGUUUCAUCCAUAUCCAGAAUCAAUUCAAUAUCAAAGUAGUCCAAGGACCUAUACUUUACCUAGCAUGACACACUUACUACACUCUGAGGAUCUGAAUGGUGAUUUUCAUAUUUUGAUGACCUAUCUGACACCCUUGAAAUAUAGUUGAAGAACCUACUGUGCGUUUCCCUCCUAGAAAAAAAAAGUAAAAAAGCAAGCUUCUGCUGUCACUGGCGUGCGGGCCACACACACCCGGACCAACGGCGGCGCACCUCUCUCUCGCCUCCUCGUCGUCUUAAUCCAAACCCAAAACCCCUCCUCACCUUAUCCCCUCCCCCAUUCCCUUCUCCCCCUCCCUCCGCCAUGGCCUCCUUCGUCUCCGCCUCCUCCACCACCACAGCACUCCUCUGCUCCGCCCCUCCCGCCUCCCGCGGCGGGCUCGUGGGAGCGUGGGCGGCCCCGGCCCGGCGCGCGCUCGCGGCUCCACUGCGCGCGGCAGCGGCGCAGGGGUCAGCCAACUCCGCGCCGGUCAUGAUGGAGAGCAAGGUCAAGAAGAGGAACAAGAAGGGCGCCGGCGCCGGGGGCCUCCCCGCCGCCAUCGACCUCGAGAUCCGGGAGGCCGAGCAGUACCUCGCCACCGACGGACAGGAACCUACUCCAGAAGACUUUCCCUUUGAAAUGGUCGAUGAAGAUGGGAUGAGCGUGGUUAUUCUGAAAAGGGACUACAAGGAUGAGAAGAUUGAGGUCAUUGUCAGCAUGCCUAAUAUGGAAGGGGAUCCUGAGUUUGAUGAAGAUGACGAGGCCGAUGAGGAGGCGGCUGCCAAGGACGAAGACGAUGAAGAUGAGGGCGGCGAAGAUAGCAGCCUUGCUAUGAAGGUGAUAGUCUCCAAGGGAUCUGGCCCGAACCUCGAGUUCACCUGCACAGCCUUCCGCGAGGAGAUCACCAUUGACGACAUGAUGAUAGCAGAGAAAACAGAGCCUGAUGCAGAGAAGUUCCCCUUUGAAGGCCCUGAAUUCACCGAGCUUCCUCCAAACGUGCAGAAGGGCCUGUUCAAGUUCCUGGAGGUGCGAGGUGUGACGCUGACGACAACCAACUUCAUGCACGACUACAUGAUCACCAAGCAGACCAAGGAGUACGUCCGGUGGAUGACCAAGCUCAAGGGUCUGGUCCAGUAGUGAGGUUGAACAGAUGGCCUUGCUGCGUGACUCGACAGCAAAUUUUGGUAGCGUAGCCUUCUAUCACGCGUAGCAAGAGCAGUAAGAACUGAGAACCCUGUGAAACCAGUAGUAUGAAGUGUAUUUGUAGUCCUGAAUCAGCAGCUAGGAAGAGUGAGUUUCAUUUGUGUUUUGGAGCUGGCCGGUGAAAAUCCUGUAGAAAGGUGGUUACCAGCAAUGAAACAAGACUUCCUAAGUUCCUAAGCUUAAUACAAGCGGUGUUACUUCCA